AUGUCUUUUCACGUCUCUGGAGACGUAGCGCACCGCACCAAAGCACCAGCUGCAGCUCCCGUUAACCCAGUGGAGUACGAGAAAACAAUCUAUCAGAAAGGCCUCCAAUUCGAACGACCUCUCUUCAGCUUCCAAACCAGCAAAUGGGAAUCUGAAGCCGAGCAGCGCAUGUCUGCCGAAUCCAAAGGCUACAUCAUUGGCAAUGCAGGAACCGGCGAGACGGCACGCAAGAAUCGUGAGGCCUUUGCCAAAUGGUCUAUUGUGCCUAGACGAUUGGUCAAGACCUCGGGAUUACCCCAUCUUGGGAUGAAAGUGUUUGGCAAGGAGUUUCCGUUUCCGAUUGCUACGGCGCCGGUUGGCGUUCAGCGCAUUUUUAAUCCGGAAGGAGAGCUUGCUACGGCUGCUGCGGCGGCUAAGGAAUCUGUGCCAUACAUUGUUCAUCUUCAAGCACGUCUUGAGGAAGGUAUAUUGACUGAGGAACUGUACAGAAUGAGCACUGCGAGCAGCACUAGCAUUGAAGAUGUUGCCAAAGCCAAUAAAGAGGAUGGUGUUAGAUGGUACCAACUUUAUUGGCCAUCAAAUGACCAUAACGAAAUCACUGCAUCACUACUCUCCAGGGCCAAAAAAGCUGGUUUCUCGGCUUUAUUCAUCACACUUGACACAUAUAUCCUCGGCUGGAGGCCAAGUGAUAUGGACAAUGGAUACAACCCAUUCCUCCGGUCCGAUAAAAUCGGUGUAGCCAUUGGAUUCUCAGAUCCGAUCUUUCGGUCACACUUCAAAGCCAAACACGGCGUCGAAAUCGAAGAGGAUGUUCACACGGCUGCCGCCGAAUGGACCAGAAUCGUCUUUCCAGGCGUCAGCCAUGGAUGGGAGGAUAUCGAAUUCCUCAAAAAGCACUGGGACGGACCGAUCGUACUGAAAGGUAUCCAGACCGUAGCUGACGCAGAAAAGUGCGUCGAGCUUGGCCUCCAGGGCAUUGUCGUCAGCAACCAUGGUGGAAGGCAGGUGGAUGGCGGUGUGAGUUCCCUUGGUGUCCUUCCGCGGAUCGUCGAUGCAGUUGGUGACAAGCUGGAUGUUUUCUUUGAUUCCGGCAUCAGGGCUGGAGCUGAUAUUGCGAAAGCGAUGGCGUUGGGGGCGAAGAUGUGCUUGAUCGGUCGACCUUUUAUUUAUGGCUUGGUGAUGGGAGGCGAGGAGGGCGCGCAACAUGUGUUGAAGAGCUUGCUUGGCGAUUUGGAGCUGACCUUACAUCUUGCUGGCAUCCAAUCUGCACGCCCUGAACACCUCAAUAGGAGCUUGCUGGAGAGAGAAGAUCGACUUUGA